CGAUAAUUAAUGAUUCUUACAAUUUCGUUUUCUUUCUAUGCGCAGUACUGAAAUAUGUCUUUAGUCUCUUGGCCAUCUUUCCAAAUUCCAACCAGCCGUCCGUUUCAAUUCAGUAAAGCGCCUCUUCAGAUUUUCAUAGCCAUUUUCUAAUGGAAGCUGAAAAGAACGAGAGAGCGGACUCCAUGGUCGAAAAAGACGACGACGACCCACCAAUGCUGAGCUCUCAUGCUCUUGAAGCCCUGAAAGAGUUUCUGAACGAACAGCAUCGGAACCUUGUCGAUGGAGUCGAAGCAAACGGAAGCCCCGAAGUUGCUCUAGUGGCGGAGGAUUGGAGGCUAAGUCAGUUCUGGUAUGACAGAGUUACCGCAGAGACCGUCGCCGAGGAGAUUCGGAACCUCAGCAUCUCAACAGCUUCGCCGGUGGCUUGCAUAGCUUGUCCAACCCUCUACGCGUAUCUCAAGAAAAUGGAUGCUAGCCUUUCUGUGCAACUACUUGAGUAUGACAAGCGCUUUGAGCAAUAUGGGAGUGACUUCACAUUUUAUGAUUACAACCAACCAGAAGAGAUGCCAAUGGAAAUGAAACAUGCUUACCAAGUUGUUGUUGCAGAUCCUCCUUACCUGAGCAAGGAGUGCUUGGAGAAAGUUGUUCGGACAAUGGAAUUUCUUGCAGAACCAGGGAAAUCUUAUUUGCUUUUACUCACAGGGGAGGUACAGAAGGAGAGUGCUGCUGAGCUUUUAAACUUGUAUCCAUGUGGCUUUAGGCCUCAGCACUCUAGCAAGCUUGGAAAUGAAUUCCGUCUCUUCAUUAACUAUGACCCAGGGGAGAGAUUAGGUGGAUGGGAGCAAGGAAAAUAAUUUGUUCCCUUUCUACAACAAGAUGCCUAUAGUCAAAAUUAUCUGAUCGGGAUGAAGUUUGGGCAAUGCAUUUUCUCCAUUGAAUGUGCCACAUGACCAUGCCAAGGGCAAAACUAAGUGCAAACUAAUGAAGAUUCAAUCUGAAUGCUUAUAUGGCCAAUACUUUACCUGGUUCACAAUUGGGAUGAAUUUGUAUGGUUACAAUAGGCCAAACUAAACUAGGUGCACAAUUUAGCUUGUAUUAAUCACUAAGUUGUGGGUGUCUGAAUUUGGUAACUAUAAUUUUGUAUGCGCGGAGAACAUGUAGUUAAACGGAUUCACUGUUGCAAUGAUGAA